GCACCGCCGAGACAAGCCAGGUCGCAGCGUUCAGUCCAAUGGAGCUAUGCAAACGACUGGACAGAUCAGGAUUGGGAGGAUCCUCAAUGGGACCCACAGCAAUCCAGCCACUCUCAAUGGACAGCGUCCCCGAGAAGGCGUACCUCUUCCAGAAGACGGCCAUCAAAGAAAGGGACCAAAAAAGAUGCCGAAACAACAAAAGGAGCAAAGGGCAAAGGCAAGAAUGCGAGCUCGGACCAAGACAGAAUUGGUCCACCUCCAUUGCCUACCAACCCGGUAGACCCACCUUGGCUGCAAUCGAUGAGUUCCAUUGCUGCCACCAUGCCACCUCCGAUACAACAAAACUCGGAGGACAAGCAAUUAAAGAGCCUUAUGGCAGUGUUGAAAAAGCACAGCGACACGCUGCCACCAGAAGUCCAGAACAUGGUGAACGAAGCUGCAAUCAAAGAAGGACAGCAACAGACCAAGCAACUCCACGCGGUGGUCGCAGCCCAUGGACGAGCUCGCAAAGAGCUGCAACAGGCUCAAUUGGCACGCUUUCAGCUUCACAACGCUUGGAGGGGAUUUCUCAGCCAAGCUGUCACUCAGUGGCAGGGCUACAGUGCACAAUUCCUGGAACAAGAAAAACAGAUGAACGAGCGGGUCAAUACAGCAAUGGAAGCUUUGAACCAAGCAAAAGAAAGCCUGGCCAAAGCCAAGUCCACGGCCGGAGUCGAAGCCAAAGAAGACACCAUGGCCAUCAGCGACGAAGAGCCAGACAAGGAGAUCGCAGGCUCCACAGCCGAUCGCAUCCAAGAAGGCCUCACCAAUUUGCAGUCCAGCCUAGAGGCGCUACAAACCUCAGCCGAGCAGAUGGUGGAGGACGAACAAAAGGCCCUCAAGCGACCACGCCUAGACACGGGUCAGCUGGACUCAGCAAAGCCGUCCGAGUUGCCUGGUGCUGCAUCGGGUUUUGAUGCAGCGGUGGCCGAUACGUUCUUCCGUUUGUACAGAGGUGUGGAAGUGUGUUGUCAAGUCCUCAAUGACCAACGUAUUUUGCCGACUCAAGAAAUUGCAGAUGCACUGCACAUACCACUGGAUUGCCUGGAAGCUAUCCAUGUCAUGCCGCGCACGCCUUUUCAGAUGCCAGAGUAUGACAUGGUGGCUGUAGUCCAACGUACUGGAGACCUAUCGCCCAACACCAUGGAUAGGCUCAUGCUUGUGGAUAUUGUAUAUCAACACCAUCCAGACUCGAACGGAGUGACUCACAGACCCACUUUGGUGCGGGAAGUUCAACGCGUUGGUCAUCAAAUUUUGCGCCAGCAAAUCUUGCUUGCUGCAGCCGCGCAUCACUAUUGCAUCCUAGUGACCACACAAUGUGCUGUCACAUUUGAUGGUGUUUUGUGGCCUGAAGAUGAACACAGCCCAAGACCUGUGCACCAUGGUUCCUAUGCCCAAGUCAUAGUACCACCACCACCCACGCAUGACCUUCCUACCCAAAUGGCUGUGGAAGUCGCUCACCAAACGGUCGAGCACGAGGAAGCACAGGCAGCCCUUUUUGACCCAUCCAGUGCUGAUGAUGACAUCGCCAAUGCAAUAGACACAGACGAUGCCGACUCUGAUGAUAUUCAGCUUACACAAGUUGCUGCGAAAUAUCGCAAUGUUGCCACUUUCCAAACACGCUUGCCGGCAGAUGCCGAUCAUCUUCCACAACACAAACCAGAGUGGAAGCAUGACCCACUUGCGCAGACGGCCGAUGAUCCGCCACAACAGGCCAGGCCCCUACAAGCUGAAUGUUCAGCGCAGUACGUGAGUCCGACAUCGAAGCCGUCAUUGCCGACAACUCCGCAACAGAGAGAGGUCACCGCCAGCCAAAGCAGCACCUCCACCUUCAGGUGCCCUAAACAGCUCACCAUCACAAACUUCUUCAGAGCGCCACAGGGAAAGAAAGUUCAAUCUGAAGCCAAGAAGCAGACAACCAUUGGACAGUUCUUCAAGGUCAAACCCAACCGAGAAGUCAGAAACCUUGCAGAUUUCCACACAAUGCUACAGUGGUUGUCGAACCGUGCACAACACGACCGAUGCCAACCAGAUGCUGGUCAAGCCAAAAUUGCCACUUGGUACCUUGAGCCGCAAGUGAUGCCUCGUAGUGACCAUUACCGUGACGUCCUGUUGUCUGCCAACCCGACCCUGUGGCCGAGUGAGGUACUGCAGCGUUGGGCCGACAUUUUGCAACCAUCCCAACCAGUUGACCUCUAUGUAGUGCAGCCCGAUCCACCAGGAGGAAUGCCCGAUGUUUUUGCCCAUGUCAUCGUCACCCAAAAGGCACCGCCUGAUCAGGCAGCAGCACUGGUCUCUGUUACUGAACUGCUUGAGGACCCGUGGCACCCAUCGAGAUUUGCCCUCUUCUUGCAUAGCCCAGUAACCAGCGAUGCACUAUUUGAACAUGCAGGCAUUCCGCAAGACCAAGCAGCUGCCACACCUGGGCUCAGUGCAUACCACGGCACAACACACAUACCGCAUGGCAGCUCCUACCCAGUGCGCUCGGGUUUUGCUUUCGAGGUUGUCACUGACUCACUUGAUUUUGAGGAAGAAGGGAGUGCUCUCCUGCAAUUCUCCCCUGCCUGGCCAGGAAAGGAACACCAAACCUCCGACAUGCCCAAUGCAGCUACUGCUAGCAGCAGCCAUGCUGCUUGCUGUGAGCAACUCCUUGAGUCCAUGCGACAACUUGAAAUGGCUAUGCAGCGAAUCAACACAGCUCUUUGCUCCAGAACGGUGGUUUCACCGAAACAAAUGCAGUUAGAAUGUGAGCAAGAAUCCAACACCUGCGAUACCUGGGUUGGGGAAGAGGCUCUGGACGAACAGGACAGCCAGACCCAUGGAACAGCAGUGUCCCCAAACACUGCCCACAUAGUGACGCUUUGCCUGCAAGCAGUCCUUCCCGCCAAAGCACAACCAGAGCAUGUCAGUCUCGAUGAUGACAAGCCACAACAGUUGUGGUUUGCUAAUGAAGCCUGGAAACUCGCCCUUGAAGCUGAAUUGCCAUUGCAACUCCUCCCACUGCCUGAUGGGCUCGUAGUUCCUGAGCAAUCCUACUGGCCGUUGCUUCAACCGCCACCAUUGUCAGAUGUAGCCGACAUGACCUACACACUUUACCUGGACGGAGCCGCCAAUGGCCAAGAAGCCGGAUGGAGCGUCAUUGCUAUUGCAAACUGCCACCAGCAAGAGACCUUCCUUGGAUGCAUUUAUGGUACUGUACAGCUCAACCCACAUCACCCUGACUGGCUAGGGGCAACCACAGCUGACAACAUCUCUGCAGAGCUGUCGGCCAUGGUUGCUGCUCAAAACCUUGCCAUGAGAGGCCCCAAAGCGAUCAUCCAUGAAGUCAGAGGCCACCAAGGGCAUGCCUGGAAUGAACUAGCAGAUGCCGUUGCAAAGUGGGCAAUGCAACAGCACACUGACCCUGCGACAGGACAAUUUGCCCAACUGCACCAGCUUGCCACCAACCCACACGAUGUGGAUUGGGUUUGGAUGCAAACCACGCAUCCUGCAAUUGCAACCUGCUUCCCACCGCUCAGCCAACAACAAGUGAUGCACUUCACGCAGCCUACCACAAAGCUCGGCAUCCUGCCAACUGAGCGCCAAAUCGACGACCAUCAUGAAGCAGGGAAACCCAUUGUACUCGGCAAAGCGAUCCUCACUGUCCAGCACGCCGAUCCACGCCGCCUACUGGUAGAAGCGAAGAUCGGCCAUUAUGUUUAUGCGUUCAUUGUCCUGCAUGGCCCAAGCCUUGCCACAGCAGCACAAGAUGUUCCUGACCCCAUUGAAGCAGCCACACAGUGGUGGGAUGAAACAGCAGCCCUUUAUGCCAAGUACGUGACUGCUGGGGCCCAAUGGGUUUUCAUCGAUGCGAAUGCUCCCCUGGAUGCUGGGGACGGCUUGCUCAUUGGACCACACGGUGCCGAACCUGCCAAUCAUGCAAGCGCACGGUUUGAGAGCUUCAUCCAACUGCAGCACCUAAUGGUGCCUUCCACCUUCGCCUCCAUCCAUGAUGGCCCAACCACCACAUGGACGCACAGCACCGGAAAGAAGAGCCGCAAGGACUACAUCCUUCUCUCCCAGGAAGUGGCAAAGUUGGCUAGCAAAAGCUGGGUAGAAGUACACCAUGAUAGCACAUUUGCACACGAAGACCACCUGCCGGUCGUCCUGCAGUGUGCCGGAUGGCUUCCAACAUCUCAUACCCACCCGCCCAUCGGAUGGGACGACCGUGCCAUGCUGGACCCAGCCAAAGUUGAUGCAUUCCAGCAGGCGCUGCGCACGCUACCAUUGCCUGCGUGGGACAUAGGGGUAGAUGACCAUGCUGCCCUGUAUGAGCAGCAGUUGCUGGCCCUUGGCCGCCAAUUCUUUGCACGCAAACCUCGCAAAGAGCGACCUAUCACCCUCAGCUCCCAGACAUUGGAAGCCAUUGCAUUCAAAAGGCACGUACUGGACUUGGGCCGACAAACCAACAGCAUGCACCAUGAGGACUUCAAGGCAGAACUGCGAAACAUCGAAAAGACGGUCGCUCGUUUAGUGCGCGAUGAUAUCCAAGGUUUCUACAAUGACUUGCUGAAGCAGAUUCAGGCAUCUGGAGAAAUCUCCAACCACCGCCUGGUCUUUCGGCUCCUCCAUAGGUUGGGCCGCAAGAAAGGUGCAGGAGCAAACGGGCCCAGGCCCCUGCCGAUGAUCCAGAAACCUGAUGGUACCACUGCCAGCUCAUACCUUGAUCAGCAGCGCACAUGGAUGCACCAGUUUGCAAGCAUUGAGGCUGGAGUCCCCCGUACUUGGGACGAGCUUGAACAGCAGCACGCUGCCUUGCAACAAUCCCAGCAUUGCCAUGACCUUGAACCUGCAGCCUUCCCCGGCCAAUGGCAAAUCCGCAUGCUAAUCUCCAAAUUGCACCGAGACAAAGUCCCAGGUCCCAACCUUGUGCCACCUGCGUUGCUCAAAGCUGGGGGUAGUGUAGUGGCAAAACAGCUUUCAGUGAUGUUCACCAAAGCUGCUGCAGGCGCUCAGGAACCCCUCCAUUGGAAAGGUGGGGUCCUGAUCCCACUCUGGAAGGGAAAACUGGUUCACAAAUUGAUCGCCAAUGCUGCAACCGAUGAUGCUGUCAAAGGACUUCCAUGCCACAUGCAACACAUCCUGCAUGACCUUUUGCACAAUACUUAUUUUACAGUGCAAGGCCUCCCUGAUCCGUGCCAAACGACUCGUGGCACCCGGCCAGGGGAUCCCAUCGCCGAUGUGUUGUUCAACCUUUGUAUGCACCUCAUCCUGACCGACUUUCAUGCCACCAUGGAGCAAAGUUCUGAUGUCCCGUGGUUAGGCCAAGCAACUCCGGUCUCCGACUUGAGUGACAUCCCAAGCAUACCGCCCACCGGGUUCAUUGAUGUUACAUUCGUGGAUGACUGCGUGGUCCUGAUCCAUGGACGUUCCAAUGACAAUGUAGCAGCAACCAUGAAAGCAGUCGUUCAAGCCAUGGACAAAGCUGCUGCCACACGGGGGCUCAGCAUCAACUAUGAACGUGGCAAGACGGAGGCACUAUGGACCAUUCUUGGCAAAGGGGCCAGACAGAUGAAACAAACUCUCCAUGAAGCCGGCCAAAUCCUGCAGUGGACACAUGAGGGCAUUCAAUAUACGAUACCACUGUGCCACACAUACAAGCAUUUGGGGACGUGGCUCCAAGCGCACCACAAGCAUACCAGGGAAAUCCUGGCCAGGAGCUCGGCUGCCAAGCAACAGUACGGACAGCUGGCACGUUCCUUUUUCACCAAAAAGUGUAUCACCUUGCCGGUCAAGAGUGCCAUUUUCCAAUCCCUGGUACUCUCCAAGUUCCUGGCACGACUGCUUGGCGCCUGUCCCCCUAUCACAUGGGCGCUGAUGCACCACACCACAGGACAUCAUUCCUGGAUGGCACAAUGCAUGGAAUCAUGUCAAUGGAUGCUCUACCACUAUGACAGCAAGCUUCCGCUGGACACCUCAUCGCUCUUCCAGGACUGGGUGCAGUUCGUGCGACUGGAUCCCAACUGGAAAGGCAGGGUCCGAAAAACAAGCAAGCUAGCCUUGUCAUACCAUCGGGCAAGAGCCGACCAUGCCAUUUGGCAACGGCACUUUGACAACCGCCUAGCCGCAGCAGGGGCGACACUUCCCGACAAGUCCAAACCGCAGCCAGCUCCGGAGCGUUGGCAAUGCGACCUGUGCCAGAAGGUGUUCAACUCCACCAGAGCGCUCGCCAUGCAUGCUGCACGAGGGCAUGGCUACAGGAAAAAGGUCAGAUACUUUGCAAUCGGAGACACAUGCCAAGCGUGUGGGCAAAACUUUCACACGAGAAAAAGGCUCUCUGUGCACUAUGAAAAGCAGCAAAAGUGCUAUGACAUAGUCACUGCCUGUUGGCCGCCUUUUCCAGCUGCUAUGGUGCAAAGCCUCGACAUGGCCGACAAAGAAGACGAAGCGCAACUGCGCAAACAAGGGUGGUGGGCCGCAAAAGCUUUCCAACCGGUGCAGCAGACCCAGGGUCCCCCACUACCCUCUGCUGGCUCUGCUGCCGCUCAAGCCAUGUAUGACAAGAUGAUGCAGAGACGUCCGAGCGACGAAUUAGCCUAUACGCAACUGCAGGGCAUUCGCAUCACAAAGCUUCCACCAACUGACCCACAGCUCUGGUGGACACGUGCCGACCUCCCGUCCUUCAUUAUGCAGUCGGUUAGCGGCAGAGACUGUGCUGGCGGCGCAUUUGCAAUGCAAGGUCUCGCCAGAGAGACCGCCCUGCUCCACGUCCGAGCACUUGUUGUGGUGCACUUCUUUAGCGGAUUUCGCAGGAUGGGCGAUAUUCAUCACAUCCUCGACCACCGCACCAUGGAGACAGGAGCACAGGUCUUUACCAUCUCGGUAGAUCUAUGCAUGCAACGGGUCAACGGCGACCUUGCCACGCCACAGGCCUCAAGAUGGUGGCGAGAGCGAGUCCUUGCUGGACAAGUGGUGGCGGCUGGAGGAGGCCCACCAUGUGAAACGUUCACUGUGGCCCGACAAUAUGAAGGAGGCCCCAGACCGUUGCGGGACUCUGCCCACCCCCUCGGUCUUCCGGGACUCACUCUCAAAGAGUGGGCACAGCUGCGUAUCAGUGACCGACUCCUACGCUUCCUGCUCGACGUUCUCGUGGCCCUAGCUCUCAUGGGGAUGAGCGGAUUUUUGGAACAUCCGCAAUUUCCAACGUGGUGCACCAGAGGCUCUCCGGCGAGCAUUUGGGCCACCGAAGCCCUCAUCAUUCUGAAGAACCUGGGGUGCUUCUCCGUGGUGAGCUUCGAUCAAUGCACAGUUGGUGCCCUGGGGAAAAAACCGACCACUCUCCUUUUGCUGAGACUGCCGAGGGUGCGAGACAGGCUCUUGGGGCGUGGCCGAAGUGGACGGUGCAAUCACCCGCCUGGAGCUCACGUGGCGCUGAUUGGCCGUGAGGAAGAUGGCACAUUCCACACGGCCAAAGCCAAAGUAUAUCCCUACGGCCUCAACAAGAUACUGGGUGAAGCGCUCUUUGAUGCAGCGGUUCAGUGGCAGCACCUCGACAUCGCAACCGACCUGCCCAAGGAGUUCACCCCGUACCUUGAACAGAGUUGCCACGCCCCGGAGGUGGUACAACCGGACUACCACGGUG